CCAAAGAGAGGCGAGAGGGAGAGAGCUACUGUUCUUCUUCGUUGCUCUUUCGAUCGUGUUUCAGCUAUCUACGCACGAUCAUCGUCAACAGGGCGCACUGCGCGGCCCGAAUAUCCAGCUUUGACAUUCCAGCUACCGGCAUUCUUGCGCGUCAUGGAUCGAUCGCUUCCUCUCCUUCUUCUUGAUCGCUUCCUGUGAUCUUCCAGCGGCAAUGCCGGGGAUUUCUCCUGACGAGUGAUAGGCUAGGAGCAUCGGUUGCGAGAGAGCGGCUCAAGCGGCUCGAGCAGGGAAAGAAAAAUGGGGAAGAAGGUCUGGAGCGUCGCCAGGAGCGUUCUUGGAUUGCGCAUGUGUUCUUGGACAUUCCCGGCCGAUUCCGAGGGCUUUCCAUCCGACGAAGAAUGGGAUUUCCAAGGCCGGCCGGCAACGCCGGCACGAUCAUCCAUCAAGAGUUCUUGCCCGAUCUGCCUGGAAGCUAUCAAAACCGGGGUUGGACAGGCCCUCUUCACAGCCGAGUGCUCGCACACCUUCCACUUCUCGUGCAUUGCGUCCAACGUGAAGCACGGCAACAUGGUGUGUCCCGUGUGUCGAUCCCGGUGGAAGGAAGUUCCAUGGCACGGCCCUCUUCCAGACACGAACAAGCCCAAGAGAUCCUCGACCCCGCCACCGCCACUCGUCAUCCCACCACCAUCGUCGCUGCCAAGUUUCAAUGAGCUUCUCCGCCAAGAACAACAACAACAACACGAGGAACAGGACCCCGUCAUACGAAUCAUUGACGAGUCGAUCGCAAACGCCAAUGCCACUCAAGAAAUCAGUCGAGCGUCGCCACCCUCGAGGCAACAGCAGCAGCAGCAUCAAGCCAUAGAACCUCUCGUUUACGACGAUGACGAAGCUCUCGCCAACCAAGGCUCUUGCGACGAUGAGUUUCCAGAAAAUGUGACUUCGUCCGAGCAAAGAUCCAAGCUCGAGCUCAGCGCUUACGCAGAAGUUGGCAGCGUGUCAUUCUCGGAGCAGCGGAACAGUUUCAACGUCCUGGUUCACGUCAAAGCUCCGGAGCUUCUCGAUUCCGGGACAGAACCAGCAGUCUUGGAUCGAGCGCCGAUCGAUCUAGUGACAGUCCUGGACGUGAGCGGAAGCAUGGCAGGGACAAAGCUCUUGCUCCUCAAGCGAGCAAUGGCGUUUGUGAUCCGCAACUUAAGCUCCCGGGACCGUCUCUCGGUGGUGGUGUUUUCCUCGUCAGCAAAGAGGCUCUUCCCGCUCAAGACUAUGGUGGAGGAAGGCCGGCAGUUCGCGCUGCGAGCAGUGGAGACGUUGGUUUGCACCGGAGGAACGAACAUUGCCGAGGGGCUGCGCAAAGGAUCGAAAGUUUUGGAAGAGAGGCAGCACAAGAAUCCAGUCGCGAGUAUAAUGCUGCUCUCCGACGGACAUGACACUUACUCGCUGGGAACUCGGGGCCAGGUUUUCAACUCCUCUCCAAGCUCCAGCUUCAACCGUCACAAGCUACUGUCACGACGGUUGAGCAACAGCGGACAGAUAUCGCCACGCAUUCCAGUCCACACUUUCGGAUUCGGAGCUGAUCACGACGCUGCGACCAUGCACUCCAUUUCUCAAGUCUCGGGAGGAACCUUCUCGUUUAUCCAGGCAGAAGGUGGCGUCCAGGACGCUUUUGCUCAGUGCGUCGGGGGACUUCUAAGCGUUGUCGUCCAGGACGUUCAGCUGGUAGUCUUUGGAGGAUGUGAGGCCGGAGGGUCUCGGAUAACGAGCGUUCAUGCUGGCAGCUACAGAAGCUCGGUCGUGGAGGAUUCGUCACGAGCAACCGUGAAGCUGGGGGAUCUCUAUGCCGACGAGGAACGAGACGUUCUUCUGGAGAUUAAGCUCCCGGCACUCAACUUCAGCCUCAAGGAACAGUUUAUCCUCGAAGCUAGGUGCUCUUUCACCGAUCCAGUACGUGGAGAGAAGCUUCACACUGCGUCCCGGAAGCUCUCGAUCGCUCGUCCGGAUUUCGUGAGCGCCAACCGGCAACAUGUUAGCGUGGAAGUUGAUCGACAAAGGAACCGGCUGCUGGCAGCAAAGACGAUCUCCGAGGCUGGUUUUUUGGCAGAUUCCGGUGACAUCGAGGCAGCUCAGACGUGUCUUCGAGCAACUCAGCAGCUAAUCCAAGCCUCGCUUUCGUGGCAAGGUGGUGACAAACUCUCCAAGGCGCUUGAGUCCGAGCUUGGAGAAAUUCAGGAGAGGAUUGGAAACAGGCAGCUCUACGAGAGAAGUGGUCGAGCGUACAUUCUCUCGGCUCAAAGCUCGCAUUUCUCACAGCGAGCCACGACGAGAGGAUACUCAUACAAUCGAGACUAUCAGACGCCUUCCAUGACUGGAAUGAUUCUACGCUCGCAGCAACAUCCGGGCUACAGUAGCGCACCUCUUAGGAGCUAACUAUCCAAUGGAGACGAAAUUUAUAUUUUCUCCAACAGAUGCACGUCCUCGGUUUGAGAUUGACAAGGCCAAGCUAGUCUCUGUAGCAAAACUUUGGCUCGGCGACAGG